CAUGGCUGCUCCAAAGCACUUUACUAGUUUUCCAAGAGACUAUGGGUGAUGUCUAGAGAAAACUCUGUCAAAACACUUUAAAAUUUAUGCGAUAUAAGUUUUUGGCAGAAGCUAACAAUGUUUCUGAAGAUGGCAGAUCCACUUUCCAGACUUCUGUGUUCUCGAGUCACAGAUAUAUGUUGGAGAAGUUUUUCAUCGGGCCUCAAGAGAAAGCCUUACAUUUCUCAUUCAAUCUGCAGUGCUAAUGUCAAGGCACCACUUUUUAGAAUUCAGUCCCAACAUAUUGCUGUCAGAAGUGGAAUUGGUUACAAAAAAAUAUGGCCAUUUUGUCGACAUCAAUGUUUUUCUUCGCAUACUAGAUCAGACUUGCUCAUCAAAGAAUCAGGUAUUAGAAGCCAUGGUGGUGUUGUAGUGAAUUGUCAAAAAGGACAAGAAGUAUUGAAAGAUUUUCUGAAGGUGGCUAAAUCUCGAGGAAUGAAAGUGAACAGCAGGGAAAUAGUGAAAACUGUUGAUGAUGUUAUUUCUGCUGUUUACCCCAAUGGUAAUUAUCCCUUUUUAGUUCUGAACGAUAACUUUAAAAGUGGAAAAUCUUUAGGGAAAAUUGGAUUAAUUGGAGAAACAAGUGGUAAGCAGAUGUUUGCAGAACAGUUUUUAUUGAAAGACUUCUUCACCUGUCCAGAGAUUGAACCACUGUUGUCGCUGAUCAAUGAAAAUUUACAAACUAUGACUGCAAGUGAGAAAGCUCAUGUUUACCUGUGUCUUAGUUAUCUUGGAAUUUACGAAGUACAUGCCAACCACCCAGUGAUGCACAAGCUCUUCUUUGUUUUAGCUGAGCCAGCAGGGGAACUUGGCUAUGAAGAUAUCAGGAAGUUUCAGAUGGUUUUAGUAAAAUGUUUGAAUCCAGAAGUGUUAAGAUAUAAAUUUUUACUUCCACAUUUGAAGCACCUCAGUUCAGUGGGUUACCUGAAUGUACAGAAUAAGCAACAGUUUGUCCAAGCCAUAUCCUAUAACGUUGAGACCAUGCAUAUGAUCGGAGACCGCUUUCGAUUCCCUACUGAUUUCUCCCAGGUUUGGCAUGCUCUUGUCACAGAUGAAAGUAUAAUGCAAUGUCCAGAUACUAUUGUGACUAUUUUAAACCAUUUAUCUUAUUCUUCAAAAGAUAACAUUCCGCAUGUCAUUGAAAAAGAUAUUUUUGACAGAAUAGAAAAAAGUCUAUUACUACAGAUAGCUGAUAUGGACAUGAGAACUUUUGUUAAACUAGCUGCUGUAUGCACAAAGCUACCAAGAUAUAUCUUUUCUGAAAAAUUGCAAAAAACACUUUCAGAUCAUUGUGAGAAAAUAUUACACAACACACAAAAUUUGAGUAUUACAGAAAUGCUAAGUAUAAUGGCGUUUUACAGAAUGGAGAAUUUUUGUCUCUCACCUGAUUCCUUAGCUAUCCUUACUAAUCAUAUGGAGCAGAAAUUUCCACAUCUGCAACAAGCUUAUUCUUUUGACUUUCUGAAAAUGUUGGUUGAAAUGAUGACAAAACAUAGAUUUGAAAACAAACAUUUUGAUGGACUGAUGGCACUAAUGAAAACACACUCUGAUGCUGAAAUGUUUAAAAGUGUUUUCAAAUUUGAAAUUUUAUUGAUGAGAUGGAAGCUGUACAGCCUGCCUCAAGAGGCAUUCAGGAAAUAUAUACAGAUAAAUCUACUUAACAAGAGAGGGUUUGGACGUAACAGAAGGUUAUUACCUGUUGUUUUAGGAUAUAUUCAUGAAAAAGUAGAUGAUCCGGUCAUGAAAAAGGAUUUGAUGGACAGGAUGUUAUCUCUCUGUAGAGGCGAAAAAGAAUUGAAGAGACUGUUUACUGUUUGUUUAAGUCUCAUUUAUGUUAUGAACGUUUACAAUAAUCAACAGAUUGCCUUUUAUGAAGUGAUUCUGCAACUGAUCAAUACAAAAAUGGCUGACAUAAAAGACUUGGACGAGUUGGUAGCUUGCUUUUUGUUAGGCUUUGAUUUCAGGGAAUGCUGCCGCAGGUCUUUAAGUGUGAGGAAUACUCUAAGCAACUUGGUAGACAGACUUUCAGAAGUGAUUCUACUUCCACAUCAAAGAUCAAGUGCUGUUUGGCUUGGUAAAGAAAUAGGUCAUCACUUCUAUAACCGAUCAAAGGACUUUUUCCAUCUUACGACACCUGCUGUGGACCAGCUGGUCAAAAACAUCUUGAAGGAAGAACAAACAUGUGAAUUGGACUGUUUUAUUGCACUGUCAAAUCUAAUAGCUUGCGGUGAGAUGAGUAAAUCAAGACGGAAAGAAUUAGAAAAGUUUGCCGAUGUGAUAUUUGAAGAAAAUAUGGAUUUCAUGAGGAUAGACUACUUAUUACUGUGUGUGGACAACUUGUGUUUAGCAGGUGUAUAUCCCAAAAAGACUUUAACAGCCAUCCUGUCCAAAAAUUUUCUAGAUGUUGUGGAUGAAAGCAUCACAAAGAAUUCUAGCCGAGUUGUUUCCACUGCACAUAUUGAAUACCAUUUGCUUCGAUUGAAUCGUGCUGUUGUCCUUGACUGUCCAGCUUUGGACAUUCCUUGGUUCUGUGGGCAUGUUGAUGUUCCACACAAGAUCCAUAAAGAGAAACAUCUGUGGAGGUAUUGUAAAAGAACUCAGGAAGCGCUGUGCAGUAUUCUUGGUGGAAAAGAAUUCCUGAGUGAGAAUUCAACAACUCGAUUCAAGCAUGUCGUAGAUUUUCAGUGUUUUAUAGAUGCAGAUGGCACUCCAGUUCAACCAGACACAUUAGAUCUGAGCCAACCUCUACCAGCUAGUAUAAAAAGGGUCGCUGUAGAUGUGAUUCCUGACAGCAUUUGGGGUAAUAAACCUGAUGUCAUGUACCAAGAAAAGAAGAGACAUCUGAAAAAGGAAGGCUACAAAUAUAUACAAGUGAAUAGGGACCGCAUGCUUGGACUGGCUUUAUCAGAAAACAGAUUUAUUGAAGAGUUCUAUGCUGAAGAAAUUUUCAACUAGAUACGAUGUACCGAUGUACAAGGAUAGCGAGUUCAAGAGAUAUUGAGUGAAAAUUGAAUCAAGGAUCUAGUCAUUUCUUUAAUCUCAACUUCAUCGACAAAUUUGGACUAAGACACAAUAUGGAAUAAUUCUGCAUUUUUUGAAAAAAGUGGUUUCAGAACAAGUUAGAUGAUGGUACAGAGUAGGAACAAAUUACUGCUUAUCUGGCCAAAAUUCAAAAGUGUGGAUAUUCUAUAGUCUCCCCAGACUUACUUGUUCAGAAUGGCAGAUGUUAAAGUGUUGUUACCAUUGGAGCAGAUGAGUGAGGCAGGUGUUUCCUGUCCUAUCCCACCAUACAAACAUAUAGUGUUGUUCUACAUAACUGAUGGAUACUGUGUUCAUUGUUCAGAGCUAUCACCACAUGUGUUCCUAUGUGCCGUACAGGCUCGGGUAAUGAACAUUUUUCUACGUUUGUCUCUCUGUAUAUGUUUGUGUGAAUUGAAAAUUGUACAACUAAAAAUAUUUGACCUAUUUACUCAAAACUCCACACUGUAAUUAUUUUUGGUACUGUACUAUGACAGUGCUACAGAAACACUAUGGUAGCAAUACGACAGUGCUACAGAAACGCUAUGGUAGUACUAUAAGAGUGAUAUAGAAACGCUAUGGUAGUACUAUAAGAGUGAUAUAGAAACGCUAUGGUAGUACUAUAACAGUGCUACAGAAACGCUAUGGUAGUACUAUAGGAGUGAUAUAGAAAUGCUAUGGUAGUACUACGACAGUGCUACAGAAAUGCUAUGGUAGUACUACGACAGUGCUACAGAAACACUAUGGUAGUACUACAACAGUGCUACAGAAACGGUAUGGUAGUACUAUGACAGUGCUACAGAAAUACUAUGGUAGUACUGUGACAGUGCUACAGAAGCGCUAUGGUAGUACUACGACAGUGCUACAGAAACACUAUGGUAGUACUACAACAGUGCUACAGAAACGGUAUGGUAGUACUAUGACAGUGCUACAGAAACGCUAUGGUAGUACUAUAACAGUGCUACAGAAAUGCUAUAGUAGUACUGUAACAGUGCUACAGAAAUUGUAUGUUUGAAGUAAAUACUGUGCACCUUUCUGAUUUACAGUAUAAUACAUAUGUUACGUUGGAGAUAGAGUUUCUAGAGUGCAUAAACUCUUGGUAUCAAUGCACUCAUACAGCAUUUGAAACACCUAGGUGAGAUAAUACAUAAAGAAGGAGUUGUAAGGGUUACCUCGGCCAAGUUUAUUGCUUGAAAGUGUAUAGCAAUGCAAUCAUAUAAAACAAGAGAGAAAUGGGAUUUAUAGGGCUGUAAAUGACAUUCCUCAACCAGUUUAUGUCUGUAUGUUAAACAUUGUUAUGAACCCGAUGUGAUAUAAUAAGGCAAUCAAAUAUCUAUAAAGAUGUCAAUCAAGCUGUUUAGACUUUAAAGUAUAUCUCAUGUUGAUUAAAGGAUGAUAAUUUUGUAUGGAGGCAAUUUUAUUUGUUUAUGUGAAGUGAUAUUAUGGAGAGAUAAUGUGAAAAAAUAAUUAUUUAAGGUUGUAUGCUAUCAUCUUCAUAUGGUGAAUGACCAGGUAAAUUAGUUUGUUUGCUGGGUUUAUGUUAGGUUGUAUCAGACAUUUCAACCUCUGGUUAAGAUCUUCAGAUCUGACAUUUUAUUCCUACUUGAGACGGUUUGUGUUUUUUAGGAAGCUGAUAUCACAGAUCAUCCUGUGCUAUUGUGGUUGUAUUCUUGGCAAGACAUUACUCAAUGGCUUGGAAAUGACAUGUGAUGGUGUGAUGGGCCUCUUGUAUCUUGUUCAAUGAAGUAGCCACCACUUACUAUAAGGAGACCCUACUUCAAAGUCACCCCAGCUUUUUCACUUAGCAAUAUACCCAGCAAAUCACACAAAAACCAAUUCUGCUGCAUUUCCACGCUCACCCAUCUGCAAGUGCCUAAUUUGGCAUGUGUCUUUAGAAAGCAGAGGGGAAUAUCACCAGCUAAUAGUGGUUCACAUGCCCACCUCAUACAGUUUACUUUUGAAUAACUUUUAUUGGAUGGAGUUUUUUUUCUUUUUUCUAUUUUGGUAAUUUGACAUUCCAUUAAAUCUUUUACAUUAUAUGAAUUGACCAUUGUUAAUGAAAAACCCAAAAGUAUUUAAUGAAAUUUGAUCACUUUGAUAUAUGUUUGAGAUUAUGGAUUACUAGGAGAUAAGUGAAACUGUGAUGAAUUCUUUAUGUAGUCCCAUAAGUCUUUACUUAUCCGUUAAUUCAAAAUAGAGAGUAUUUUAUACUUAUGUUAAUGUCAUAUUCCCUUCAGAAUAAGGAUAACCAAGCCAUUAUGAUUUUAACUAACAUUUGUCAUGUUUGUGCCUUCGAAGUCAAAAUUUUUUCAUUGUGUUGCCAGAAUUUGGAACACUGAUAUUUGUAAAUAAUUUAAAACUAUAAGCUAUUGAUGAAUCCUAUUUAUCAAUCACCACGUGAGAUCUUGUGUAUGUACAUAA